AUGUUUUUAGUAGCCAGUUUUCUCAAAAUGAACCAGCAAAUUUAGCUAGCUUUUGUAGUUAUGCCAUAUCAGAUAUACCUGUUACAGAGCCCGUGAUCAACAUCGUAAUCAUGCACACUGAAAUUCAGCUUUGAUAAUUGUCAAGCAAAGCUGACCAAGAUGACCACCAUUGUCCACGAUACCACAGAGGCUGUUAAACUGUCCCAGGAACACAACCUUUACUUGAAGCCCAUUGCCAAGAUGACAAUCAAUGUUGGCCUUCCUCAACUUAAGCUGCCUGGCAAAUCCAUCUCUAACUGGGAGGUGAUGGAGCGACUGAAAGCCAUGGUGCAUCCCGAUCAGUUUUCCUCCCUACGCAUCUCCAAGAGCACCAUGGACUUCAUUCGCUUUGAGGGAGAGGUGGAGAAUAAGAGUGUGGUCAAGUCUCUCCUCACCAAGCUGGAUGGCAAGACCAUUAAGCUGAGCGGCUUCACAGACAUACUGAAAGUCCGUGCUGCAGAAAACAAGGUGGACUUCCCCACUCGCCAUGACUGGGACUCUUUCUUCAGGGAUGCCAAGGACAUGAAUGAGACGGUGCCGGGAGAGCGGCCUGACACCAUCCACCUGGAAGGCCUGCCUUGCAAGUGGUUUGCCCAGAAGGACGCCUCGCCAGACAAGCCCGCCGAAUCCGUGCUCAAGGCCGUGUUUGAGGGAUUCGGCAAGAUUCGGAAUGUCGACAUCCCCAUGCUGGACCCUUAUCGAGAGGAGAUGACGGACAAAAACUUCAACACGUUCACGUUCGGCGGACACCUGAACUUCGAGGCCUACGUCCAGUUCCAGGAGUACAUAGGUUUUGUGAAGGCCAUGGACACACUGCGAGGGAUGAAGCUGAUGUACAAAGGAGAGGAUGGAAAAGCUGUAGCGUGUAAUGUCAAGGUGGCGUUUGACACCACCAAGCACCUGAGCGAGUUGGCGGUGAAGCGGCGGCAGCAGGAGCGACUGAAGCUGCAGGAGCUGGAGAGGCAGCGGGAGGAGCAGAAGCGCCGGGAGAAGGAGGAGGAGGAGCGACGCAAAGAGGAGGAGAGGAAGCAGCGCGAGCAGGAGGAGGAGGAGAAGGAGCGGCGCAAGGAGGAGAAGCUGCGGCGGCGGGAGCAGAAGCUGCGCGAGCGCGAGGAGAAGCGCAGCCAGAAGAAGCUGCGGCGGCAGCAGGAGGAGGAGCAGCGGCGGCUGCAGCUCAAGAUCGCCACCGAGGAGCGCAAGCUGCUGCUCGCCCAGCGCAACCUGGAGUCCAUCCGGCUGGUGGCCGAGCUGCUGAGUCGGGUCAAGGUCAGAGCAUGCCUGGCUAUGCGCCCCCACCGCCCCGCACACCACCACCAGCUGACCGCCUGCACCACCACCGCGCCUGAACAUGCCUUGCGGCAGCAGCAGCUGGAGCAGGAGCGCGAGGAGCAGGCGCAGCAGCAGCGUGCGGAGGUGGCGCGGCUGGCGCAGCUGGAGGAGCGGCGGCGGCAGCAGGAGGCCGAGCUGCGGCGCGUGGAGGGCGAGAAGGCCCGCGCCCUGGAGCUGCAGCGCAAGGAGAGGGAGCUCCGCGACCGCCUGCUGGGGAACCUGCUGAAGAAGAGCACGGCCGCCGGAGGGCAGCACGACCCCCGCGAGGAGGAGGAGGGGGAGGAGGAGGACGGGGAGGGGGACGGGGCAGGGGACGGGGACGGGGGGCUGGAGCUCUUCGUGGGAGACCCGGUUUUGGGGGUUCAGCUGGAGCGCCAGACUUUCCAGGCGGGCGGUCAGGUGAACGGGGUCCGGCACGGGGCAGGGACAGGGAAAGGGGAGCGGGGGGAGCGGGGGGAGCGGGGGUCGGCGUCUGGGCUGAAGGCCGAGCAGGAGCCCCGGCGCGCGCGGAGCAGAGGGCGAGGAGGAGGAGGAAGAGGAGGAGGAGGAGACCGCGAGCGCGCGCCCCUCCACAGCAGCAGGAGACGCAGCAGGAGCAGGAGCAGGAGGAGGCGCAGCCCGGAGCGCAGCCGGGGGCAGAGGAGGGACAGUGCCAGGCGGAGCCCCGGAGGAGGCCGAGGGAGGGACCGCAGCCGCAGGAGGCGCAGCAGGAGCAGGAGGAGGAGCGGGAGCCGACCAGGCCGGUCACGGCAGGAGCGGCGGCGGCGGCGGCGGUGGAGGCCACCGGAGCAGGAGGAGCUGGAGCAGCAGCAGCGGGAGGAGCAGCCGGAGCAGCAGGAGCAGGAGCCGGGGAACACGCCGCCGCCGGGGGAGGAGCCUCAGCAGAAGCUCCUCCUCCAGCCGCGAGAGGCGGGACCACAGACAUCACAGUCGCAGUUCGGACAGAAACCACUCAAGACGUCACUGAGCACAAGUGCUGUCACUGAUACCAUGGGGCUCUUCUAAACCCUCCGUCUUCGUUCCUCGAUCCUCGGUCCUCCGGCUCGUUCCCACUGAUCUAUAAAGAACACUGGAUAGACUAUCCCAUUGUUACCCCAAAAUCAUUCUUUAUAGAUCAGUGGGAACGAGUCAGAGGACCGAGGAGAGACGUUGAGAAGAACCUCAUGUCAGAGUAGGAAUCUCAUAUUGGCUUUGGUUGUGACGACCUAAAUAAUGCUCAAAAAUAAAUGAAAAAAACUUGACUUUUUGAUUGUAACAGAAAUGGUGGCAUAUUUGGUUAAAUUCCCACUGUGUGUGCACUACUAUGUUAGAAACAAUUCUGCUUUUUUUUUUAAGGCAGAGCGUUAAGCUGCUUUUUCAGAAGAGAUCCGUCUCUUUCCCAAGUGCUGUGCUGGAUUUUCUGGACGUCAUCAUAGUUUAGAGAACAUACCUCAUCCUAAACUGUUUUCCAUCAAGCGAUGAAGAUCAGUUCUAGUAGUACCUGUGCUAAAUGUGACGCGUUGCAUACAGCCCUUUGAGUUUAUAAACUUAUCUUGAGUACUUUUAAGGAGACAUCAAGUUUUGGUUCAUUUCAAGUGACUGGAUUUUAUUGCACCCAUGUGUUACACAGAAAUAAUUUGCCUGUAGCCUUUAAGUAAGUGCUUAAACCAUUUUUUUGCCAUUUGUUCAUGGCUGAGAGAGAACUGAAUCACUUUCCCUGUGGCCAGACUAUUUGGACCUUAAUGAACACUGCCAGGGGAAAUCUGGAUUUGUGUGUGGCUUAUGAGAUAGACCUGUGGAUUAACAUGGCAGCCCUGGUCCAGAUUAUUGGUAAAUGCCAAAGAUGAAGAAAUUGUCGACUUUUUAGAGAAUAGAAGCAAAACACACAAGAACAAAAAGUGACCCAUUCAUUAUGUAGCUAGUGCUAGUUGGCUAGAUGUUUUAUGUUUCCAAGAUGUUUUUAUGUUUCAAGAUGUUUUAUUUAUUUUUUUGUUUUUAUUUUUCAUAGACACAAACUAGGUGAGUUUUUAUUGUCUAGCUGAACUGCGUUGCCGUGCCUCCAUGAUGACUCAAGGAAGUGAAGAAGUUUCCGUUCAAGACAGCCCAGUGUUUUCAAACGCAAUAGACGCACAGAGUGUUAUUUACUGUGACUGUGAACAGUUCGGCAGUGUCUAAACCAAUAAUAAUUACCCACAGGGUUUGAGUUGAGGUGUGGGAAUAAAAGGGAAGUAGUUUUGAUUUAGACCUGGUCAGUUCCUUACCCAUACUGUUGCAUGUGCUGGCUGUUCCUCCAUACCAGCCAGCCUUCUAAUCACCCUUUGGCUUGUCCCUUUUAACAAUCCUCAAAUAAAUCUCCUUUAAAUGAU